UUCAAAUAGUGCACUUUUUCAAUGUAGUAAAAUCAUUGGUAUUUUUACAUGAAGACUCAUCUUUAUUUGACCUAUAUAUAUACACACACUAGGCAAGGCAUGAUAUAAUGAUGCAAUGCAUAGCAUGCUAUUGAGUGUAAUCAUGAUAAAGCUUUGAUGCAUGCGGCGAAUCAAGCUGCCCCAAAUUAAGUAAAAAGUAAGGCCGGUAUUUUGAAUAUAUAAUGGGGGAGAAGAAAAAGAAGGAUAUGCCCAGUUCCACGGUUUGGUUUUCGUUGAAGAGAUCUAUGCAGUGCAAGUCAUUAGAGGCAUCAGAAGUGGGGGACCCGAAGAGCAGCUGGAAAGCGGCGGCGAGCGGCGGGGGUGAAGGAGGGAGGUCCGGUUGCUCUCGCUCAAUAUCAAACCUCAAAGAUGUGGUCAUCCACGGAAGCAGGAGGCACUUGGAAAAGGCAGGCAGCUGCAGCCCAAGGUCCAUUGGGAGCAGUGACUUCCUCACCCAUCAACUUGUUCUGCAUAAUAGCUCCACCAGCAGCAGGUGUGAACUCAGAAUCACACGAUUUGCAAGCGGCGGGGGUGGCGGCUCGUUAGUGGGUACUCUUAGACCCGGUACUCCUGGCCCUGCCCCGACCGCAGGAGGAAAUCAUCAUCACCAUCAUCAUCAUCAUCGUGCAUCAUCAGCUCAUCACUAUUUGAACUCUUCUUCCCUUACUAGGAACAGAACCACACCUUCAAGGGGGAGGAGGGCUUCAUCAUCAUCAUCAUCAUUUUCCCAUUUGGGGGAAAAAAGCCAAGGCCUUGGGUUGUCUUCAAAACUAAGGGCUGCUUCUCUUUCCCUUGACAGAGAUGUAAGUAUCAAUAAUGGAUCAUCUUCAUCAGUUACAUGCCACAAGUGUGGAAAACAGUUUAGUAAAUGGGAAGCUCUUGAACUCCAUCAUCUUUCCCAUCAUGCAGUGACUGAACUUUUGGAAGGUGACUCCUCAAGGAAAAUAGUGGAGAUUAUAUGCCGGUCGAGCUGGUUGGAAAAAUCCAGUGGCAGCCGUAAUGGCAUUGAGAGAGUUUUGAAAGUUCACAACACACAGAAAACUGUAGCAAGGUUUGAAGAAUACAGGGAGAUGGUGAAGGCAAGGGCCGGAAAACUGGCGAAGAGGCACCCGAGGUGCCUCGCCGAUGGGAAUGAGCUCUUAAGGUUCUACGGGACCACCGUGGCAUGCUCUCUCGGCGACAGCGGUGGACCCUGCACCCUCUGCACCUCCGACAAAUGCCACGUCUGCCAAGUCAUCAGAAAUGGCGGCCUCUCCAUCAAAGACAGUGGGGUCGGAGGAGGCGUGUUCACCACUUCCACAAGCGCCAGAGCAUUAGAAUCCAUACAACUCUCUGCUGCUGCAGCUGCGGAUGGAGGAGGAGGAGAAGAAGAAGACAGUAAUCCACCACCAUUGUACCAAAGGAAAGCUGCUUUGAUAGUGUGCAGGGUCAUAGCUGGUAGAGUGCAUAGGCCUCUGGAGAAUAUCCAAGAAAUGGCGGGUCAGACUGGUUUUGAUUCCUUGGCCGGGAAAGUUGGUCUCCAUUCCAAUAUAGAGGAACUUUAUUUGCUUAAUCCUAGAGCUCUGCUCCCCUGUUUUGUGGUCAUCUGCAAAUCCUACUCCCCAUUUUCUCUUUAUUAACACUACAAACCCAACGUAAAUGAUAGUAGUAUCUAACUUUCUUUUUAUUUUCUCAGAGCUUAGUACUUCAAUUAGCUUCUGCAAUUCUGCAAAUGACAAUUGUACUCGUUUAUUUGCAUCUUUUCACACAUUAAUUAGGUCGACUUGUGGUCCCAAACUCUCAGGUAAUCAAUGCCUGUCAAAUUCAACAUUUCAACCCAACCCAACCCAUUGUACAUUUAUCAAAAAAGUAAUGGGGCCUGGACCCCGGCCGAGCGGGCCGGUCCACCGUUUUUGGAUCCCGUAGCCCACUUGUUGAGUUCGUCGGUUCGGGCCCCAGUCAUGGUCUCGGGUCGUCGGGUCGGGCCUGCACAGUGUCAGGCUGAACCGGGUUCCAGGUCGGGUCGAGCCGUCUCG